AUGGCCGAUGACGACCGUCGUGUCAAGCGCUCACGCUUCGAUCAGACUGAGCCUGAGCCCCGGCGAUCCCGUUUCGAUCGCCGGUCGCGAUCUCCGUCUGGUCGUCAAUCGGAAUCCACUCGCACUCGCAGCCCACUGAGCCGUGAACCGCGUAGCCCUGCAGGCAAUGAGUCGGGAAAGGAUUCCCCUGCUGAUCCGGCUGCAGCAGCUGGCAUUCAGCAUGUCGAUGUACCUCCCAUCAUGUCGACCGCAAGCCCUGGAUUGCCAUCAGACUCGCCCUCGAACCAGAAUGGCUCUGACAAGCCCAAUCACGAAGUCUACGUCGCCGACGGGGACUACAUAAAAGACAUCGAGAUCAAUGACUUGCGCAAUCGCUACACCCUCACUAAGGGCUCCACUCAGAAGAUGAUUAAAGACGAAACUGGCGCCGAUGUCACGACCCGAGGAAACUAUUACCCGGACAAGAACAUGGCCACGGCUGCGAAACCUCCUCUUUACCUUCACGUAACCAGCACCAGCAAGGAAGGUCUCGACAAGGCUAUCCAGAUUAUCGACGAUAUGAUGAAGAAAGAGCUCCCCAACUUGGUUGACGAACGACGCUUCCGUCGUCCCCAACGGGAAGAAGUCGAGAGGGACGAAUAUGGUCGCCGUAAAUGGCCAGAUGAGCGUAUUCCCAUCGACCUUGAACCCAUUCCGGGAUUUAACCUGCGUGCCCAGGUUGUCGGCCAGGGUGGUCAGUAUGUGAAGCAUAUUCAAUCCACAACCGGCUGCCGUGUUCAAAUCAAGGGCAGGAACUCUGGGUUUAUCGAGAAUUCCACUGGUCGUGAGAGCGACGAGCCCAUGUACCUGCACGUUGCUGGCCCUGAUCCUGCUCAAGUUGAGCGAGCCAAGGAACUUUGCGAAGAUCUCAUUAAGAAUCGCGGUUAUGGUGGAAAUUAUGGUGACCGCGGUGGACGUGGCGGUGGUGACCGUUACCAGGGUGGCGGUGGCAGAGGAGGAUACGGAGGAGGCUACGACCGUCGUGACAACCGCAGUCGUCAAUCUCCCGGCCCUUCGGCUAGUCCUACCUCCCAGACCGCCCCUGCAGCUGGCAAUGCUACCGAUUAUGCUGCCCAGUAUGCUCAAUACUAUGGAGCUGACCCUUACGCUGCCUAUGGUGGUUACGAAAACUACGUCGCCUAUUACAACUACUACCAGCAGUAUGCCGCCGCUCAGCAGCAACAGCAACAACAGUCCCAAAGCCCUGCUCCUCCCCCUCCCGCGGGUGAAGCACCCCCUCCGCCUCCCCCAGGCUCUGGAUCUCCACCCCCUCCCCCGGUACUGGACCUCCUGGUGCCGGUGCGGGUAGCUACAGCAUACCUCCCCCCUCCCAGCGGUCCUCCUCCGCCCGGUUAUUAG